UUCUGUUCCCAUCCGGUCCGCUGUCACUAAGACGUUGUGUUUCUGUUCCCAUCCGGUCCGCUGUCACUAAGACGUUGUGUUUCUGUUCCCAUCCGGUCCGCUGUCACUAAGACGUUGCGUUUCUGUUCCCAUCCGGUCCGCUGUCACUAAGACGUUGUGUUUCUGUUCCCAUCCGGUCCGCUGUCACUAAGACGUUGUGUUUCUGUUCCCAUCCGGUCCGCUGUCACUAAGACGUUGCGUUUCUGUUCCCAUCCGGUCCGCUGUCACUAAGACGUUGUGUUUCUGUUCCCAUCCGGUCCACUGUCACUAAGACGUUGCGUUUCUGUUCCCAUCCGGUCCACUGUCACUAAGACGUUGUGUUUCUGUUCCCAUCCGGUUCGCUGUCACUAAGACGUUGCAUUUCUGUUCCCAUCCGGUUCGCUGUCACCAAGAAGAUGAAACAGUUGUCUUUGUGUAAUCCAGCCAGUCAUAAAUCACCCCAAAAGGUUGUACUUUAAUCUUUUGGCCACUUUUCGCCGUUGACAGGAGAAGUGUUUUUUGGCCUAUGAGAUAGAUUUCAUCAUCAGGUACAUGUGUCGGACCUCUUCAUAAACCACAGAGGGCUCGUAGAGAGAGAGAGUCUUUUAGCAGAGAUAGGCAAUCAGGUGACAUCCCUUGCUCUCUGUCCCUGACUCUCCUGACAAUAGAUCCAAUUACAGGGCUUGAUUGCACUCUCUCAUCGGACAACACCGUCAUAUAUGACAAAUCAAAUCACAUUUUAUUCGUCACAUGCUCUGAAUACAGCAGGUGUAGACCUUACUGUGAAAUGCUUACUUAGAAGCCCUUAACCAACAAUACAGUUUUAAGAAAAUAGAGUUAAGAAAAUAUUUACUAAAUAAACUAAAGUAUGGGCUUGUGUUUGAAAGUGGACAUAACUUUGAGCGACUAUGUAGUAUAAAGCCAUGUUACAUUGUUUGACAUCCAGAAAUUGGGAACCAUUGUCAGUUUUCAGGAGGCCGGGGAGAUUGAGUUUCAAACACAAGCCCAGUGAAUGAAGGGCACUAUACAGACGGAUGACUUGGUUCCCUUCAUCUCCUCCAUCCUUCAUUCUUUGGAGUUGUGAAUGAAUGGUGUGUGGGGUACAGAAGACAUGGUGCCCUCCCCUAAUCCCACCCCACUAUAGUCCCAGCCAGUAAUCCACCCUCUCUGUGAAGUAACCACAAAACUAAUCCCAGCCAAUACUAAAUUCACAAAUUAGCCCCCAAAAUAUAUCAGAGACCGAGAAAAAAGGAUGGAAAGACGGAAAGGAGAAUGAAUGGAUGGCAGAGAGAGAGAAGUUUACUUAUUGUCUUACUCAUUUUAGCUAAUAGCUCUUUGAUUUGUUUUGUGCCAGGACCUUAUUUGACUUCCUUAUCUACAAGCUGAAGCAGAUGAGAGGGGAAAUUGGUGGUAUUAACGAUGCUAGCAGAACACGAAGCUAAUCCGUUUUUCCGUCUCAAUCUCUAAUUGCGUGUCCUUCAGUGGAACAACAGAACACCGACACCACACCGCAGCACCAUGCUACUCUGUCAUGCUAAUAUACUAAAAUAAAGUUAUUACUUUGUGAAUCUGGGGAUUUUCCGUCUCAGCGAAACCCACAGAGCUUUUGAGGAAAAAACAUUCCUAUUCAGUGGCCCGGAAAAUUACGGAAUAUUGGUGAGAAGUGCAGGAUAUAAUGAAGUGGUUUAUGAACCAGGCCAGUUUUUCUGAGGGUGUGAUUUCAUUUCAGAAUCAGCUCUCACACACACACACACACACACACACACACUCACACACACACACACACACUGAGAGUUAGUUUGUUUUUAAGGUUCAGGUGCUUGUUCAUGCUGGUGUUGAGGUUAGGUGAAGUGUUUAUUUUUAUUUUGUUAAGGUCAUAAAGUAGCUAGGUUUAUGGUGAGAUAGGGUUGUAGUAUGAGCCAUAUUUGGUCUUUAGGUGUGAGGAUUGCCUUGGGUUUAUGAGGUAAGGGUUAUGUGUUUAUGCUAUAGUUAUGGAUUUGGUUGUGUUGGGGUUAGGACGUUAGAUGAAGGUUUAUGCUAUAGUGAUGGAUUUGGUUGUGUUGGGGUUAGGACGUUAGAUGAAGGUUUAUGCUAUAGUGAUGGAUUUGGUUGUGUUGAGGUUAGGACGUUAGAUGAAGCUUCAUGCUAUAGUGAUGGAUUUGGUUGUGUUGAGGUUAGGACGUUAGAUGAAGGUUUACGCUAUAGUGAUGGAUUUGGUUGUGUUGGGGUUAGGACGUUAGAUGAAGGUUUAUGCUAUAGUGAUGGAUUUGGUUGUGUUAGGACGUUGGAUGAAGGUUUAUGCUAUAGUGAUGGAUUUGGUUGUGUUGGGGUUAGGACGUUAGAUGAAGGUUUAUGCUAUAGUGAUGGAUUUGGUUGUGUUGGGGUUAGGACGUUAGAUGAAGGUUUAUGCUAUAGUGAUGGAUUUGGUUGUGUUGAGGUUAGGAUGUUAGAUGAAGGUUUAUGCUAUAGUUAUGGAUUUGGUUGUGUUGGGGUUAGGACGUUAGAUGAAGGUUUAUGCUAUAGUGAUGGAUUUGGUUGUGUUGGGGUUAGGAUGUUAGAUGAAGGUUUAUGCUAUAGUGAUGGAUUUGGUUGUGUUGGGGUUAGGACGUUAGAUGAAGGUUUAUGCUAUAGUGAUGGAUUUGGUUGUGUUAGGACGUUAGGUGAAGGUUUAUGCUAUAGUGAUGGAUUUGGUUGUGUUGGGGUUAGGACGUUAGAUGAAGGUUUAUGCUAUAGUGAUGGAUUUGGUUGUGUUGGGGUUAGGACGUUAGAUGAAGGUUUAUGCUAUAGUGAUGGAUUUGGUUGUGUUGAGGUUAGGAUGUUAGAUGAAGGUUUAUGCUAUAGUGAUGGAUUUGGUUGUGUUGAGGUUAGGAUGUUAGAUGAAGGUUUAUGCUAUAGUGAUGGAUUUGGUUGUGUUGGGGUCAGGAUGUUAGAUGAAGGUUUACGCUAUAGUGAUGGAUUUGGUUGUGUUGGGGUUAGGACGUUAGAUGAAGGUUUAUGCUAUAGUGAUGGAUUUGGUUGUGUUGAGGUUAGGACGUUAGAUGAAGGUUUAUGCUAUAGUGAUGGAUUUGGUUGUGUUGGGGUUAGGACGUUAGAUGAAGGUUUAUGCUAUAGUUAUGGAUUUGGUUGUGUUGGGGUUAGGACGUUAGAUGAAGGUUUAUGCUAUAGUGAUGGAUUUGGUUGUGUUGGGGUUAGGACGUUAGAUGAAGGUUUAUGCUAUAGUGAUGGAUUUGGUUGUGUUGGGGUUAGGACGUUAGAUGAAGGUUUAUGCUAUAGUGAUGGAUUUGGUUGUGUUGGGGUUAGGACGUUAGAUGAAGGUUUAUGCUAUAGUGAUGGAUUUGGUUGUGUUGGGGUUAGGACGUUAGAUGAAGGUUUAUGCUAUAGUGAUGGACUUGGUUGUGUUGAGGUUAGGACGUUAGGUGAAGCUUCAUGCUAUAGUGGAUGGAUUUGGUUUUGUUGGGGUUAGGACGUUAGAUUACGGUAUUCUCAAGGUAAGUUGUGGUUGAGAGUUUGGGUGUGGGAGCAUCUCAGCUGGAGCUGAUGAAAGGGUCUGCUCUGCGUUGGCUGUAUGUUCACUUCAAAGCUCACUUCUAUUGUCCUUAUUCUGAAUUAGCCACAUGUUUCAUGUUUCCUCCUUGUCUUAAGCAUCAGUGAGCCUUUGAAGUGCAAAGUAAAUCAUCUUAACCACUUUUCUUAACCGCUUCCUAUAUCGCAACAAAGCAUCCUUCACUCAUGCUGCCAAACACCCUCGUAAAACUGACCAUCCUACCGAUCCUCGACUUUGGUGAUGUCAUCUAUAAAAUAGCCUCCAACACUCUACUCAACUAUCUGGAUGCAGUCUAUCACAGUGCCAUCCGUUUUGU